AUGGCACUCGAGGACAAUGUAAUCGAAGAGGAAAACAGCUGCCAAUGGGAUGGUAUACUCAACAAGUGUUCGAAAGGUUUCGAUAUGUCUUACUAUAUGGAUAAUAUAGGAAUUUUAGCGGUGUUCUAUGGAUUGUGGAUAAGCUGUACAAUAGUGACAUCGAAGCUGUUCUCAGAUCAAAGUUAUCGUAACAUAGUCACGUAUACUUUGGCCUCUGGACUGCGCCGGUCAACACCAGCGCUAAUACAUAUUAUACCGUACAGCGAGACCAUCUAUAUGUGGGAUACAUUUUCGUUUGUAACAUGCGAUUUUUUUGGUUUUUGGGAAACACUUUUCGCGGUAUUCGAAAUGGAAAGUCUGACGAUGGUCUGUAUCGAGCGGUACGUUUUGGCUAAAUACAAAACUAAUGGUUGGGAAGUUCCAAAGGGUCAUUUCUAUUUGUACUGCAGCUUGUGUGGUUUAUUUGCCGUUUGCUAUGCCUAUCCGCCCCUAGUGGGGGUAGGACAGUACGCUAAGGAUUUUGACUGUGUUCAUUGUACUUUCGACAUGAUCCUUCCAUCUGCAGGCUGGCAGAGAGCUAUGGUAGUGCUCAUCUUCUUCAUGAGAAGCAUAAAACCGUGUAUAAUGAUGAUUUUGAUGUUGUAUUGGGCGCGUAAUCUGGAAAUGAAGCUGAAGAAUAAUCAAGCACAGAGGAUGAUGACGAAGGGCGUAGUAGCCGCAGUGUGUAUUCACCUGAUAUGCAUGCUACCCAUCACCGCUAUCCGAGGCGGCGUGAUACUGUCCCAGCUGAUCUACGGCGAGGUUCUGGUGUUUGGGCAACGGUUCAUCUCAUUGGCUAUGUUUUUUCAUUGGUCUUCUCCAGCGUACACCAUGUUUGGUCUAACCGUGUACGAUUCUCAUCUCCGUCAGCAGCUGAUAAACUUCUUCACAAACAGACCUGAAAAUGAUCGGAACAGUGAUGAUACUACAAACUGA